AUGACUCGUGUUUCUGACUCUUGCAACUAACAAGCUGAACUCAUGAUCAAGAAUAAGAUCUUCAUAGCCAUCAAGAAAUCAAUUGCUAAAGAAGGAAAGGAUAGCAUGGUCUUUGAAAGAAUUGAAGAAGAAGACUCCAUUCACUCUUGCUCUUCUACUUUAAACGUAGAACAGUCAGCUAUGAAUGCUGAACCAUAAUAAAAGGAAUAAUAGCCUAAGUACAAUUUCAAAAAACCUCUUGAUAAGAGCAAAGUAAGAAAGAUGAACGCUUUAGCUUUAGAAUUAAACCAAUUGUUCGCUGAAUUAAAAGAAUCUGCUCCCAUUAAAAGAAGAAGAAAAAUGACUAUCUACAAUCUUUGA